GUGCAGAGUAGAUAGUGGCCUUUUUCUUUCCUGCCUUCCAAAUGGAGAGUCUCAAUAUGGGAUUAUGGAAGAGGGUCUUUGCCAUCUAUGCCUGGAGUCUGGUGGCUGUUUCUGCUCAGAGGGUGCCUGCAGCUUCCACGGUCUAUGAAUGUAACAGGACCAGGAUCCAUCUGGUUGUCAAGAUGGACCCUUGGGGCACAGGCCUCAAGCUGGACCCACAGCAUCUGCUCUUGGGUCGCUGCUCUCCUUCCUUCGAGAACACUGCCCAGGGCCUCUUCCACUUUCAGUACUACUUCAAGGAGUGUGGCUUUGCACGGCUGGCGUCUGGCACAAUGGUUGAGCACUCUAGCAGCCUAGUCUAUAGGCCCUCGUCUUCCCGGAGCGGACUGUAUAGCAGCCCUUUUGUGGAGCAGAUUAACUGUACUGAUUAUGAGGCAGGGCCCUUGAGUCCUCCUUCACAAGUGACCACAGCCACCGGCCAGCUCUCUGCCUCCAGUGUGUUAAUGUUCACCGGGAUGCUCAUGAAUGAGGACUUCAGCGCGCCAUCUGACUCGAGGGUCUUUUUCCUGGGCUCGCAGAUCCACAUAGAGUUUGCUGUGCAGAGUUUCUUCCACCAGCCUCUGCGGGUUUUUGUGGACGAAUGCGUGGCUGCUGCCACUCCAGAACUGAACCAAUCUCCCCGGAAUUACAGUGUUGUUGCAAACCAUGGGUGCCUUGUGGAUGGCAGGGUUGCCAAUUCCCAUUUCCUCCCUAGACGGGCUCCUGAAGUGAUCCAUCUCUCUCUGCAGGCCUUUGAAUUCAUUGGGGUAAACGCUGAUAUCUACUUGCACUGCCACGUUUUGGUCUGGGACCCAGCUGUUCUCACCAACCCCACGAGGAAGGCCUGUUCGUUUCACAGAGACACCAACAAAUGGGAGCUCCUAGAUGACCCCUCGAGUUCUGUCUGCACCUGCUGUGACUCAACGUGCCAAGUGGCUGGGACACGGCACAGGAGAGAUCUGGGAGGUUCUUCUAUGGAAGCAAAUCCACAGCAAUCGCAUGUGGUGGUGGGCCGCUUCACAGUUCAGAAACCAGCUCAAAAUGCAGGCCACUAUGAGUGGGACUCAAACAGUUCCUUCAGUGUCAGAAGCCACAAAGGUGGGAAGCGGAAUGUGAUGCCGCCCGCUGUGGCUGCCCUUCUCCUGGAGAUGGCUGUGGUUGCUAUUCUCUCCCUGGGCUUCUGCUUCUAUAACGGCUAUCAGAAGAGACUCUGCUUACACUACAGGGAGGUUGGGGACCUGAUGACUCGGGGACUGGUGAAUGCUGAGCAGGACUGUAGCAGUAUUAAUGCUGAUGUAGAAUGUACUUAAUAAAAAAAAUGCUUAAUAAUAAUAAUAAUAAAUUUAAUUUC